AUGGUUACUUGCACUGAGCACUUGGAAAAUUUGCAAAACUGGACAUUAGACCAAAGAAUUAAAAUUCGUCUAGAAGAUACCGGUUUUCCACGUUUAAGCGAACUUGCAAAAUGUCAACAUGAUAGCCAGCUUCUGAAAUGUGUGGUAUCCCAUUUCAAUACAGAGACAUGUGGAUUUGAAUUUGGUGGUAUAAAAUUAGUUUUUGGCUUGAAAGAUGUUCUCGAAAUUACAGGCCAGUCUGUCACUGGGACCGCUGGUGACAUGACUUAUUGGUCCAACCAAUGUUUUGGACAAGAUUUGACCUUUAAAAAACAAAGGGCAAUUCGAGGAGCCAUUAAGCUAUCUGUUCUUAGAGAAAAAUUUAUGGAAGUUCCACCAAGAGCAACUGAAGUUGAACUAGAUCGACAUACUAGAGCAUAUGCUCUUUAUGUUCUAGGUUCGUCCUUAUUCAGUAGUUCUUCUAAGGGGGAUGUUGAUACUCUCCAUCUUCCAUUGCUUUAUCAUGUUGAAAAAAUAAAAGAUUAUGCCUGGGGUGCUGCUGCUCUUGCACACCUAUAUUGUUCUAUGAAAAAAAUUAAAGAAGAGGGUAAAAAGCAUUUGCACGGGAUUGCAUUGUCCCUGCAGAUCUUUGUAUUCCUACAUCUGACAAAGAUCAAGGACUUACUCAUGUUAUCGAGUUUGGAUUUCGUAAAUGAACAACUUCCGUUGAUCAAUGAUUGGUCGCGUCAUUUAGAACAAUUUACCUUGAACAAAUGUAAAAAGGUAGAUUAUUUGGAUUUAAUUAGCACAACGACUGCUAAAGAGGUUAACUACAAUCCAUAUGAUAAUAUUCAAUUCCCCGACCUGAAAGAAUAUUCAACUUUCGAGUUGGAAAGAAGGGUAUGUUGUAAAUCAACCAUACAACCAUCCUUUCUCAUCAACUUUAAUGAGGUUGCAUUUUUUCAACCCCAUAAAUUUAAAAAACAAUAUUCUAAUGCACGUGCCGGGGAUAGAAAAUGCACAUACAAAUGGAAAUUGUACCCAAGAAGAGGUACAAAAGGGAAAAAUUGGCAAGAGACGAAAAAGCAUACAAAAUAUCUCAAGCAUUGGAGCAUAAGUUGUUUUAGUAAAAGACCACAACCUGAGGAACAACAACCCGAAAGAGUACAAGAUGUUCGAACAGAAGAGCCAAUUGAGGUGGAACACCAUAAUUUGGAUGAUGUCGUGGACAAUCAAGAAAAGCAUUGUGGAAGGAAAAGAAAAAGCAUAUGGAGUUCAAAAGAAAAUGAAGUUGCUCAUGAGGAGGAUGCAGGAGAUAACAAUGAAGAUGGGGGAAGAAACAAAGACCAAGGAGACACUAGGCAAGUGGAAGCAACAUGUACCCGUUUGUCUGUUUCUAGAGUGUAUAUACGCCGCCGCAAAGGGAGUAACACGGGAAAAAUGAAAACCAGUGAAGAUGUGACGGUUGGCAUUAAGCACUCCCUAUAUCUGCUGAAAGAACUACUUCCAUGUUUAAAACAGUUGAGUCACGAAGAAAUGAUUGAGAAAGAGAUAGAGGCUAGCAGACAAAGGCUCUUAGUCUCACAGCUAUGUAUAGCAGAGCUAGAUGACUCGGGCGGAGACCGGGUGUUCUGUGACAAAUGCAAGACGUCAAUAUUUGCCCUCCACAAACAUUGUCAGACAUGCAAUAGUGACUUUUGUCUCGCCUGUUGUCGUGACUUUUGUGAUGCGCAGCUUCGAGGUGGUGCUGAUCCAAUUGAGUCACAUGUUACUGCCAAACAUGGGGUUCACAAACGGCCAAGAUCUGAUAAGCAUGAGGAUAGUGAUGACAGAGUUUGCUGUGAUGGGUUUCUUGAACUGAGAAGCUUCUAUCCUCCAAGUCACAUUGCUGAUUUGGUAGAUGAAGCAAAAAAAUUUGUAGACAAAUACAUGCAUCGCAUGCCUGUGAUUUCAGACAAAACUCAUAAGAACUUGCAUUCAAGUUUGAAUCGUAAGGCAGCAUCUCGUAAAGAGUCAAGCGAUAACGAUAUAUAUUGUCCGGAGGCUAAAAAUACAUGUCCUGAGGAUUUACUACAUUUUCAAUGGCACUGGAGAAAAGGGGAGCCAGUAAUUGUCAGGGAACUGCUUGGAGGUACUUAUAAUUCAUUAUGGAAUCCAUCAAGCAUGAGCCGUGCAAUCUGUCAGAAGCACAAGACUGUGAAGGUGUUGAAACCAGCGUGA